GAGCAGCAUUGACAGUGGUAGGGACAGAGCAGUGCCUUGGACACUGACCCCACUAUCCACAGCUCAUAGGAUUUUGGGAAGUGCUCCUGCCUGGGAAAAAACUCAGCUCUGAAAAAGGAAGGACAGCAGAGGCCAGGAGCCUUGUUGGAGCUGAAGGUCUUCUCCUCAGAGCAAGGGCAGUAUAGUGAGGAGAGACAUGGAGGUGUCCUCUGUGCUUCUCUGUUCAGGGUGUAGCCCUUGGCAGGGGUUCCUGCUCACAGCCUCACUUUUAACCUGCUGGCUCCUGCCCACCACUGCCCAAGUCACCCUCAAGUCCUCACCGCCCCAGGUGGUUGAAGGAGAAAACGUUCUUCUAAGUGCUGACAAUCUGCCAGAGAACAUUAUAGCUUUCGCCUGGUACAAAGGGGAGACCGACAUGAACCGUGGAAUUGCACUGUAUUCACUGAGGUAUACUGUAAGUUUGACGGGGCCUGUGCACAGUGGUCGAGAGACAUUGUACAGCGACGGGUCCCUGUGGAUCAAAAAUGUCACCCAGGAGGACACAGGAUUUUAUACCUUUCGAAUCAUAAAUAAUCAUGGAAAAAUUCAAUCAAAUACAACCCUGUUCCUUCACGUGAAAUCCUCUCUUUUCGUCUGUGGGCGUCCUUCUAACAUUGACGAGCCCACUAUUGAAUCAGUGCCGGUCAGCGUUAGCGAAUGGGGAAGCGUUCUUCUCCGUGUUCACAAUCUUCCAGAGAAUCUACGAACGCUUUUCUGGUACAAAGGGGUGCUUGUGUUGAAGAAGCUUGAGAUUGCCCGAUACAGAACAACCAAGAACACAUAUGAGCUGGGCCCUGUGCAUAGUGGUAGGGAAACCGUGUACAGUAAUGGGUCCCUGCUGCUCCAGAAUGUCACCUGGAAAGACACCGGAUUCUACACCCUACGAACUCUGAGUACAGAUUUGAAAGUAGAAAUAACACACAUUUACCUUCAGGUGAACACCUCCCUUUCCUCGUGCUGUGACCCUGUCACCUCUGUCCCACUCAUGAUAGAGCCAGUGCCACGGCAUGCAGUUGAAGGGGAAAGUGUUCUUCUCUAUGUCCACAAUCUGCCCGAAGCUCUGCAAACCUUUUCCUGGUACAAAGGAGUGUACAGCCUUAAGGAAUUUAAAAUUGCAGAAUACAGCAUAGCAACAAAGUCUGUCUUCCCGGGCCCGGCACACAGAGGAAGAGCGACAGGUUACACCAACGGAUCUCUGCUCCUCCAGGACCUCACUGCAAGAGAUACUGGCUUGUACACACUAGUAACGUUAGACAGUAAUUCCAAAAUUAAAUCAGCCCCUGUGCAAGUCACCGUGCACAAGCCUGUAACACAGCCCUUCCUGAGAGUCACAGUGAGCACAGUGACAGUACAGAGCUCAGUGGUCUUCACUUGCUUGUCGGACAACACUGGAGUCUCCAUCCGUUGGCUCUUCAAGAACAGGAAUCUGCAGGUCACAGAGAGGAUGACCCUAUCCCCAUCAAAUUGCCAACUCAGGAUUCAUGUUGUCAGAAGGGAGGAUGCUGGGCAGUAUCGAUGUGAGGCCUUCAACCCAAUCAGCUCCAAGACCAGUCGCCCAGUCAGCCUGGCUGUGAUUAGUGAGUGACCCCUCCUCUCAUCCUACAGCAGAGUGGGGACCUUUCUGUAUUGAGAUGUCCACACUUAUGCAACCCUGCCAGUUACAGAUUUCCAUUCAUGCUCAUGGCCAACUGUCCUUCUGUCCCAUCCCUCCUCACACCUGAUACUGAACCCCCCCAUUAUCUUCUACAUCCCUUCUUCCACCCAGUUCCUUUCCUUCUUUUUUCCCCUCCAACUCUAUUUCCCCCUUCUAAGUGAGAUUCAAGCAACCUCACGGGGCCUUUCUUCUUGUUUACCUUCUUUGUGUCAGUGGAUUGUAGUGUGUGUAUCUUGUAUUUCAUGGCUAAUAUGCACUUAUAAGUGCGGACAUGUCCUGGAUGCCGCUUUGGGGUUGGGCUACCUCAGCAAGUUCCAUCCAUGUGCCUUCAAAAUUAAUGAUGUCUGUCUCUUCAAUUGCUGAGUAGUAGCCCAUGGUGUAUAUGAACCACAUUGUCUGUAUCCAUUCUUUCUAGUUACUGGUGCCCUCCUGGCAGUGCUCAGCCCACUAUUGAUGAGCAAUGUAGCCCAAAGGGUAAAUGUUCAAUUUGUUCUUAGUGGACAGAGAGUUUCAAGCCUAUAUUGACAUAAAGAGAGGAACUGAGGUUGACAGCUGUCUUAGGGUUUUACUGCUGUGAACAGACUCCAUGACCUAUGCAAGUCUUAUAAAGGACAACAUUUAUUGUGGCUGGCUUACAGCUCAGAGAUUCAGUCCAUUUUCAUCAAGGAGGGAGCAUGGAAGAGUCCAUGCAAGCACAGUACAGCAGAUUUGAUUGUUCUACAGCUUCAUCUGAAGGAUGCUAGCAGAAUACCCAUUUCCAGGCAGCUAGGGUUAGGGUAUUAAAGCCCACACCCACAGUGACACACCUCCUCCAACAAGACUACACCUCCAACACUGCAACUCCCUGGCCCAAGAAUAUACAAACCAUCACAACAGCCAUGGCCUCACAGUUUGUAAUAGCCACCAAUCGAAACUUGCUGUUGUCUGAACAUAGUGUCCAAGGCUCAGAACAUGCCAAUGGAUCACUGCUCCUUCCGAAAACCAUCCAGAUGAAGACACUGUUUUGACCCUUCAAAUCUGAAAUGCUGAAGUAGAAUGUGAAUAAACAUAUGUGUAUUACCACAUAAACAGAUUUUGUGCGA